CCGGCGUGACCCAAAGCCUAGGCACGUGAUCCCGCGGCCCCCGUGACGUUCAUCCCGACGUCGACGGUAUCGUGCACGGUCGUUUGGCGCUUCUCUGUUGAAUAGCAAACUCCUCGGCGAUAUCGUGCCGCUUCGCCAUGUACUUGGCGAAUCGGCCGUGGGGCGGUUGGACCGCCUCAAGGACACAAAUCCGGCGGGACACUUGGAUUUUGUUCUGGUGCAUGCACAGCGCCAGCACAUCUUGAGGUGUCAACCCUUGUCGUUUCAGCAGCAGGAUACGGUCGUGGGCAGUGUACUUCAUGACGCGUUUAUCUGUUGUCGUGUCGUCGAUCACAAAAGACGUCGUUCGAGUCACGGGGUGGCCGGUCAAGCCGACACCUGGGGCUUGGUCACUUGGUACGACACUACAACUCAAGCCAACGUGGAACUCGAGGAUGGUCACCGUGCUGAAGCGAACGGUCUUGGCCGGUCGUGUCACGGCGACCCGGUGCUGGAACUUGGGGUGGCAGCCCAUUGGCGGCUUGUACGACAAGGCAUUGUGCGAAAGGAGCAGUGGAGUCAUGGCCGAGCUCUUCGUGACACAGGGCAUCGUGAGGACGCCAGGUAUCAAGUGCACAAGUGCGGCGUCGGUCCGCAGACUAUCGGGUAGUGUGGGCUCGCCCGAGCAUCGCCGCGGUUGCGAAGACCACGUUGAGGGUUUCGUUGGGAUGUCAAUCCGCUCUCGAGUUGCCCCAAGUCGACAAUAAAAUUAGCAAUAUCCAAG